GAGCGUGCACUCAGACGCUUCAGUCCAGGUGGAGACAUGGUGCAGCUUUACUGCUGGGGCGAGAGCUCCAGUGGACAGUUCGGUCCACAGAAUGCCCUCAGUCCGGUGUCCUGGACUGUCCCCGGCGUUAUAACCAGCAUCUGCUGCGGGGACCGGCACACUUUAUUCCUCACCAGAGAUGGAGGCGUUUUCUCAUGUGGACACAACUCACAGGGACAACUUGGACGAAAGAAAUCUCAAGAUGGAGGGACUCCGGGCCGUGUGGAGAGGCUGGGUGAUGUUGUGGGGAUGGCUUGUGGUCAGGACCACUGUUUGGCGGUGUGUGCAUCAGGAGAGGUGUUCUCCUGGGGGGCCGCAGAGGAUGGACAGCUGGGGAUGUUACCGAAUGCACUAUGCAAAAACCACAUACCAAGUAAGGUAUCACUGCCACUACCUGUGAUUCAAGUUGCUUGUGGAAACUCCCAUUCUCUGGCACUGACCAAAGGAGGAGAUGUCUUCUCGUGGGGUUUGAACAGUCAUGGUCAGCUGGGUCUGGGGAAGGAGGUGUCACUGCAGUACACACCCGUCCUCGUUUGUGCUCUGUCCGGUGUAGCAGUGACCCAGAUUGCAGCCGGAGCGAGCCAUACUCUGUUCCUCACACUCCCAGGCUUGGUGUACUGCUGUGGGGCCAAUAAAUCUGGCCAGCUGGGCCUCAACCGGGAGGAUGAGAGGGGAAGGUUUAACAUCUGUAUGGUACCUGCCCUCAGACCUCUGGGUGUCUCCUACAUAAGCUGUGGAGAGGCACACUCAGCUGUGUUAACUAAGGAUGGUAAGGUGUUCACGUUUGGAGAGGGAAGAUACGGUCAGCUGGGUCACAACUCCUCUGCUGAUGAAAAGAGACCCAGACAGGUCGACGGUCUGGACGGACCCGCCUCACAGAUUGCAUGUGGCUGGUAUCACACUCUUGUUUUGGGCUCCUCUGGCCAGCUGUGGGCUUUUGGUAAUGGGGUCAAAGGUCAAAUUGGGACUGGACAACCAGAGAACAGUCUGAGUCCCACUCUGGUUCAACUUCCAUGGACUGCUGACAGUGCAGCAGCCACACCCAAGGACUUGAAAAUAUCAGCUGGGUGGAAUGCAAACUUCAUUUACUCUUCACCUGCACAGAACUUGGGCCAUGGGCAGAUAACUGGACGUCUUGAUGAGAAAAAACUGCAAAGAUGGCUGUCAAUGAGACAUGGCAAUGCAGAGGCCAGGGGAGAAAUCACCUCGAUGUUUCUGACAAGUUCAAGUCUUGUUGCAAGUUUUACAAAAGCCAGUGGGCCCUCAUUAGAAGCAGGUGCCCUAACUGUGGACCUUGAGGCUGCUGACCAAGCUUUUGACCAGCUGCUGGCAAUACCAUGGAUCAGACAAUCAGUGAAACUAGAUCGUCACUUAGACUUGCUUGUUAAUUCCAUGACUGUCCUAAAAUCUCCUGAGAUCCUGCUGAUUCUGCUGACGUGCCCCCUUUUCCAAGAGGACAUCAACGUCAUGAACGGAGUGUUGCCUCUGGCUGUCAUUAUUGGAAAUCUGAAUGAGAAGGCUCUGGGAUUUCUAAGAGGUUGGUGGUCCUCCCUGACACCCUCCAUACUGAUGAAGCACAUCAUGGUCUUCAAGAAGGCCCUGGCCUUCAUGCUAAGAAAUGGCCUCUUGGCAACUCACAACCCAGGAGUCAAAUAUCUGCUGGAAGUCCUCAAGCUGCUUUACAAAGCAAACAAAGCUGGGAAGUCCUACAAAGUCCCACUCAGCACGUUUUAUGUAGAGGAAAUCAGUGGUAAUGUGCAGCCAGUCGAGGACGUCACUCUCUGGUGGGAAUUUUCUAAAGUGGAGGAUGAUGUUAACACUCCUGCCAUCUUCUGCCGCUACCCGUUCCUGUUCCCUCUGGUUUGCAAAGUGGCGGUCUUUAACGUCUUUGCAUUCAUAACGAAGAGAGCGCACCAUUUCAUUCAUGAAUUGGUUUUGUCAUGGCCUGAUGAGUCACUGGUAGAUUGUCCAGACUCUCCCCCUGCCCCGGUCUUCCAGCUAAGCCUGAGACGAUCUCACCUGGUCGAAGACACCUUCAGACAGCUCAGUUCAGCUGACCACUCAGCCUUCAAAAGGGAGCUUUUGGUGCAGUUUGUGGAUAACCGAAAGGUGACAGUUGUCAACAAAAGGGACUUCUUCCUCCAUGUGUUUGAAGAGCUCAUAGCUCCCAAGUCUGAAAUGUUCAUGUACAAUGAGAGCAAGACUCUGGUCUGGUUUCCUCCCAGGCUAAAAGUGGAGGAGAAGAGUUACUUCCUGUUCGGCGUUCUGUGUGGCCUGGCUCUUUACAACCACAACAUUGUCCACCUGCCCUUCCCACUGGUGCUCUUCAAGAAGCUGGUCAGAGUCAAACCCUCAAUGGAUGACAUGAAGGAGUUUGACCCUGUAAUGGGAGAGUCUUGGCGGUGCAUGUUGGAAGACUACACUCCUGAUGUAGUCAAAGCUUUGGACACUACUUUCACUGUUACCUGGGCUGGUGAGAAAGUUGAGCUUGAUCCGGAAGAAGCUGGAAAACUUGUCACAGGGUCAAACAGGAAGGAGUAUGUAGAUGCUUUUGUCAACUACAUCUUCAACAAAUCAGUGGAGGGUGUGUUUGAAGCGUUCAAAAGAGGGUUUUUCAAAGUGUGUGACAUGGACGUGGUGGACUUCUUCCAGCCGGAGGAGUUGCAAGCAGUGAUGGUGGGCCAAGAAAACUACGACUGGGAGGUGUUCAGGCAGAACACAGUUUAUGAUGGAGACUACCACGCCGGGCAUCCAAACAUCAUUACCUUCUGGGAAGUGUUUGAGAAACUGACAGAAGAGGAAAAGAAAAAAUUCCUUCUGUUCGUCACAGGCUGCAAACGCGUACCCUUCCUGGGUAUGGCGAGCAUCACAAUGACAAUCGCUGUCUUGCCUGAUGCCACUGAACUCUGUUUGCCGGAAUCCCUCACUUGUCAUCAUCUGUUAUUGCUGCCCAUCUACCAGAGAUACCCAGUCGAGAGGACAAUGAGGAUCAGGCUUCUUCAGGCUAUUAAUGACAACAGAGGCUUCUGGAAGAAGGAUGAAUCUAGAGGCUGAACUAACAGUGCCUUCUUCCAAAACCUUACUUUAUUUUCAGUUAGUUCUGUGCUUUUUUGUCAUUACACUGUGUAAUGACCUUUAGUUUGAUAUAAUAAGCUUUAACUUGCGGUCCAUAGUAAAAAUAUGAUAUGAUAAACUGGGCAGUAAUAGUGACCAUUAUAACUCUGAUAGCCACUACUUGCACAUUUCAAGUUAAAUGUUGAAACCUUGUUUGAUUCUGUUUCAACUUUCUGUUGUGCAGUCUACAGUUAUAUAACUAUUACACAGAGUUAGGCCCCGUGUGUUUUCACUUUUUCAUUCAGCUUUGGUGAGUUACAAAUAAAAUAUGCACAUGUAAAAAACACUGAAAAGAAAAAAAUAACGCAUGUAGCCAUAAUAUGAUGAAACAGUAAUUUGCAUUAAGUACCCAGUAGAAAAGAGGUGGAUAUUGGGCCAAGACUUUCAAAUCUUUCUCCACCUCAGUAACUAUAAAGUCAUCUGUUGUUACACCACUGCCACUACUUUCAGUCACUGCUGCAUCUUUGCUAAGGGUAACCUCAGUCUUUUGGCAUUUUAUAUCCUGACAUUCUCAUCAUUAAGUAUUCUUUCUGUUCAGGUUCUACAGGUUUAAAUCUUUAGCUAAUAUUUUAUGUCAUUAAAAUCAGCAGUUCUAAAAUGUAUACAGUUCAGGAAGAUCAUUUGUUUUUCUGCCAUUUGUACCUUUAUAACCAAACAAUAAAUGUUAUUCUCUGUCUUGCACUUUA